CGACGGCAGGCGCACGUGCGGCUCACUCGACACACGCCAGCGCCUACCGGUCAUGCUGCUGAGCGACUCCUGACCUCGGUGACCCACCCCGACCCCGCGGAGAACCUCGGAGGACUGGCAGGUCACUGGGACGAAACUCGACGGCACCCUGGCGGGCGACGCAGCCACGGAGGAUCACCAGGAAGCACAAUAAAGUCACGACCAGUCACGGCGGCAUCUUCAAAAAGGGCAGCGGUUAUCAACGCUAUCCGAGUAAUCAUCUUAGAAAAACGGAACCCAACAAACAACCACCAAACUGCACACAACUCCGCUAGUAAAUCUCCAACAGCAUUUAUCGCAUCGCGGAAACAUCUGCUGCUGCUGUCUCAGUGACGUCAUCCGAGCUCAAGAGCCCUCAAAGACCGGAGGUCGAGCACCUCUGAAGCACGUCGUAUUGAUUUAAAACCGGCGGCCGACAAGCCGCGCUCUGUAGGGCUCUUGGGCACGUCUCGAGUCUCUUGAGAGCUGCUGGGAGGUCCGUACGACGCUCUCCCACACUAGGAAGCGUGCGGUAUCUUCCUGCAUCGCUCCGUGUUAUCUCCGCGACCCGGAACAGCCCCGCAGUCCCGCAUCUCUCGGGCGUAGGCACGCCACAAGAAGCGUCCGUGUUUGUGCUGACUGAAGAGCUUCAGUAGCGCCGUCACCAUGCCGAGAAUUCCAGUUGUCGGCAUUGACGCCGCCGAAAUCGUCCACUGGUGUAACGCCAAGCUGGACCAGAUCGAUGUCCGUCUUCAGGAUGGUCAUGCGCAGAGGAAGCUGGUGCUGGUUAUCGUCAGCAUCGCGCUCCUGUUGGACAACAUGUUGUACAUGGUCAUCGUUCCCAUCAUACCAGACUACCUACGUCGAAUCGGUAUCUGGGACACACACAUUGAGGGCGGUCAGAAAAUCUACGCCAAUGUCUGGCAAGCCAACAGCACGGGAAACUACUCCGUGAAGACGGUCAGCAAGAUCAUCAACGGUGUCACGGUGUAUGAGAACGAGGACGCCGCGAUAGGAUUCCUGUUUGCUUCCAAGGCCAUCAUUCAGCUAAUGGUGAAUCCCUUCUCGGGUGCCAUCAUCGAUCGCAUCGGUUACGACGUCCCGAUGACCAUCGGUCUGCUCAUCAUGUUCUUCAGUACGGCGCUGUUUGCCUGCGGGCGCAGCUACGGCGUCCUGUUCUUCGCCAGAAGUCUGCAGGGAGUCGGCUCGGCGUUUGCAGACACCUCUGGUCUCGCCAUGAUCGCCGAUCGAUACACGGAAGAGUCUGAGCGUACAAGAGCGCUGGGCAUCGCCCUGGCGUUCAUCAGCUUCGGAUGUCUGGUCGCACCACCGUUCGGAGGCCUGCUGUACGAGUUCUGUGGCAAAGAACUUCCGUUCCUUCUUCUAGCCCUCGUCUCCUUCGCUGACGCGAUCAUGUUACGGCUCGUGAUGAGACCCAUCAAGAAACAGCAAGUCGCCGCCGGCUACACCAUGCCCCAAGGCACGCCAAUCUGGCGUCUGUUCGCUGAUCCGUACAUCGCUCUUUGCGCCGGAGCACUGAUGAUGUCGAACGUAUCGCUAGCUUUCCUGGAGCCCACCAUCAGUGUCUGGAUGAUGGACCACAUGGAUGACGUCCAAGAGUGGCAGCUGGGGAUGAUCUGGCUGCCGGCGUUCUUCCCCCACGUCGCCGGUGUCGUGUUGACGGUGAAGAUGGCAGCGAUGUACCCGCAGUACCAGUGGGCGAUGGCCGCUGGCGGUCUCGCGCUGGAGGGUGUCAGCUGUCUCUUCAUACCGUUUGCCACCAACUACUGGGUAAUGAUGCUGCCCAUCUCGACCAUCUGCUUCGGAAUAGCGCUGAUCGACACCGCCCUGCUCCCGAUGCUUGGUCUCCUUGUCGACACACGUCACGUCAGCGUCUACGGCAGCAUCUACGCCAUCGCCGACAUCUCCUAUAGCAUGGCGUACGCCUUCGGCCCCAUCAUCGCCGGCAACUUGGUCAACUCUGUCGGCUUCACGGGUCUCAACAUCGGCAUCGCGGUGUCGAACGUCAUCUACGCUCCGCUUCUCUACAUCCUGUGCUACUGGAACAAGCAGCAGAUGCAGCGUCAGGGAGAAACCGAACAGAUCAACAUGGCCGACCACCCGACGGAAUACAAAUCCUACUCGGCCCUGGAGGAUGACAAUAGCAUCCAGGGAGACAAGUAUGCGAUGGAAGAAACACAGCUGGAUGGACAGUAUCAGGCCGGCUUCGGACAGAACGGCAGUUACGCGCAGCACCAGCAGCAGUAUCAACAACCUCAGUAUCAGCAACCACCGCAAUACCAGCAGCCACAACAGUACCAGCAACCACAGCAGUACCAGCAGCCCCAGCAGCAGUAUAUCCAACAACAACAGGUGCCAGCCAACGGGCACGCGCCACAGCCUCCGGCGCGGCCGCCUGCACCCCGACAGGAGUCGAUCGGCAACUCCAAUGCCAACCCCUUCCGACCUCCCGCCUCCAACCCGUUCCGAGCAGGAGACGCGAAUCCGUUCCGCGGAGGAGCGCCUCCCACCUAGUGGUGACCCGGUGAACUAGAAACUAUCAAACUCUGGUGAAUGCGUGAGAGUGAGUGUUAAAGGCUGCUGGGUAAGAUAGAAUGUGGAAGCUUAUGUGCGAGUGUGUAACUGUUGUGAGGCGUCGAUCUCGUUAAUGCUGCGAUGUUUUGUGCUAAGACGCCGCAGAUAUUCCAUUGUUGAUCGUCUGUGAAGUUCGUUCGUGCGAUGUCCAACCGAUGGACUCAGUAAGCCGUAUUUCCGCGCCGGUAACUUGAAGCGACAACACACACACCGCAUACAGCAGCCUCUGCAUACAAACGAGGUAACCGCGAUACCCAACGCCCCAGCGAUCAAAGCCAAUAACCGUCCGCGCGUGUGGUCACCCUGGCAACCAAAACCAAGCCGCCCCGCGGGCCCGCUCCCUCGCGCCAAAGUCCUCAGCAAACAAUCCCGUACCAAUCUGGCGGCCUCUCUACCUGCUCUUGGCAGUGCUCAGCACAACUCGGAGGGGCUCGGUUAAGCCAAACGGCGUAAUUGGGUGUUUGCUGGCCUAACGAGACCCGCUAUAAUUGGACUCGCCUUUAUUGGAGGUACACGAGGGGGUAUGGCACGUGCGCACAGACGCUAACGAUGCUGGCGAGAACACUCGGACCGGGCGACUGGCGGCCCGUGCGCCGACCAGAGAGCUAACAAAAGUCGGAGAGCGGCAAACUGUGCGCCGAGUUAGUAAUUGGGAGAUGGUGCUUUUUGUUUAUUUCAUUUUUUUGUAGUCAGCCGGAUCAAAGUCGUUAGAAAUGUUUUCUUUUAAUGAUCUCUAACUUCGAGCUCUAAGGAUAGGGACUUGAUUACCUCUGGUCUUUUAUUGAUUUAUCGAUCACCCCGCUAAGCUAAUCCCAAACAAACCCUACCUACUUGGUGAAGUGGUAGGUCAAAUCAGCUAACCAGCAAACUGACUAUCUCGUGUAAAAACACACAAUUUUCGACAGUUCCGAAGCAACUAAUAAUCAGCAUCAACUACACAGACUUAGACCAUCACGUUUUGUAACUAUCUGUCAUCGUUCGGAAAAUCCAAAAUUACACGUGAACUAAAUUUACCUCCAUUUCAGUUGAAAAAUUUCCAUUUAACUCGCAGUCCAACGUCACUUUUUGGAUCUCUUAUCGCAACCUGCCCGAUGGCACCAGCUAACAGAGGACGCAUCAUUUCCUGCAUUCCCCCUCCCUCAGUUCUAGGUCACCCCUUCUGUCCUCUUCCAUCGUCGGCGGCGACGCGUCCCAUUGUUGGCACGGCGUCGGCGUCUGUUCCGCUCUCACCAUCGAUCAUCGUCCCCUGUGUGUCGGCGGUGCCGAAACAGGGGAACGUCCCAGGUGGCCGCCGCCACUCAGACCGUCAGUUCUCAUCAGACGGUGACGGUCUGGACGCGAGCAGGAAUUGGCACGCGCGAAGCGCGUGUGAUGAAAUCAGUGACGCGCGGGGAAAUCAUUGGCGCGCAUGAGACAGUGGUUGGCGAGCUUUUAAAUUACAGGUAACAAUUAUACAUGGAGAAUGUUUGGGCAGACAAUUUUCCAUAGCUUUUUCAUUACAGUUAGCGGUUUGAUUUGAAACAUGACAAAAAUGAUGCCUUUUUAUAGAUAAUAGCAUCCGUCGGCAAAAAUCGAGGAGCAUCAAACUAUGAUUAGCAACUUUCAGCUUAAUUUCUUCCGCUUAAAAAUGUUUACGAUGAAAAGUGCUCGCUCUUAAACAAAGGGAACGCCUCAUAUUUAAAGGGACUAUCCCACCUUUAACAUGGGGUUUGAGUUGAGAUAGCCAAGUUUGCGGCGAGGUUCAGA